ACAAAGGCAGCUUUUUAAGUUAUGCAAACUGUGCACGAUUGCUAUAAGUAUAGAUUUUUAAAGUAUUUAUACAUCUGUGCAUUUAUUGCAUACAUAUGAAAAAUUUAUACAGUUAAUUAUAUAUGAUGGAUACUAUAAGACUCUGAUUACCAAUACAUUAUAAUAUUUAAUUUUACUAAUAUAAAUAUAAUAAUUGAUUUCCUUUUAGGUUUUUAGAAUGUUUGCAAUCUUGUAAUUAUAAUCAUCAUUGUUCUUUUAGAAGCUUUAACAUCAUACAUUUGCUACAAUUAAAGAUUUCUUAGAUAUAAGUAACGUAAUCGAUUCCUAUCCCUUCUGUUCUUAAACAAUUGAUGCUGUAUGGAGAAAAUGAUAAAAUUUGCAUGUAUUACAGUGGAGGCUCCUUCAGUGGAAUGCCCUUUUAGAGGGCCAUUCACUUUCACUUACAGUAGAGGUCAGGGAGAAUGCAAAUAUCCACUUUCUACGGUCGAUGCUUGUACAGAUGAUUCUCAUCUUCUCUUCAGGUUUCAAGCUUGCGCUGAAGUCCCUGGAACUGAAAGCAGUGUGGAGGAACUAAAAUGUUUAGCAAUCUGGAAGGAAGGUUCAGUACAUUAUUUGGUAGGGAAAAUGACAAAGCAGAGAAUUGUCAACGUUCAUGGAGAUGAGGAUACUUAUCGAUGUUUUGUAUAUGAUUACAUACAAGACAGAGACGGUUAUCAAAUUUCUCAAUCAGCUGAUGCAUCCUGUGAUGGUCUCGUGUUAUCCUACGAAGGAUCAAGGAUAAUGCUCCUCAACAAAAGUAAGUCACCUACAGCAGAUUGCACAUUUCCAAGUUGGUUAACAGGACCUAACAAGUGGCAUUCUUUGGAUGGUAGAACAACUUACAUUUUCAGUCAUCAAAACACGUCCUUUGUUAUAAUUAGAUCACACAAAGAUAGAACAAUUGGUGAUAAAGCUGACACUAAAAUCAUUUGUAUGAAAGAGUUAGCAUCGUCGUAUAAUUCUACAACAAUAAUUGCAUACAGCAUGCAAGGAUGUUCCAAUGGAUAUAUGUGCCUGGUUUUCUAUCAAAGAGAUGCAAACAUUGUUGAACUGGAAACAGGAGAGAAAACUAGAAGAUUACAAGAUGCGUGCCAAUCGCACUAUUAUAAAAGUAAAGCAGAGUUUACAACUCUAGUUGCACCCUUAGCCGAUAACGACGUGUGCCCUCAGUUAGUAGAGACUGAUGGAUUGAAGAUAAAUGCAGGAAAAGUUAGUUUACGUUCAGAAGAUUGCAGAGGUAGCACAGCUCACGUGGUGGGAUGCAGAAGCAAAGAUACUUUAGAAUUUUUAACGACAUGCGCUUCAUUUAAAGAUCGUAUGACAUUUCAGUGCCACGGAUGGUGGGAGGAGAACGAGAAAACUUAUCUCAUUGCUGGACUUAAAAAUUCCAAGACUAAAUACUGUUUUGUGUACACAAUCGACGGAAUUGUUACCAAAUUAUCAGCAUUGUAUGACACAUGCCAUAGAGGUAUCAUGCCUGGAAUUACAGGGAACCUCACUUUUAACAUUACGGCAGCAGGUAAAUGUGAAUACCUUCUAAAUCGAGCUCCGAGCCAAAAGAGUCUCAUAAAUCCCUUUAUGUUAUUAAUGGUGGCCUGUGCCUUGAUGCGGUGACAGGCUCUGUGAUGGACAUCUACAAGAUAAACAAAA